AUGUUUGCUUUCAGUGUAUGCGAAUGUUCAGCUUUACUGAUGUCCUCAGCAGAUAGUUCAAGCGAUGACGAAUCGAGAGGAAAUGUCCAGGAAAGCGCAUCAGAAGAUGAUUCUAUAGCGGAACAACAGGAGCAACAUAUAAUCACGUCAUCGGAUGAUGAUGACAAACAAAUGCAGGAAAGGGGGAAAAGCUUUAGUGUUGAGAAGAGCAGUUCUCCAUCGCCGGGACGACGGAAUACAGUUUCUAUAGGAAGUGAUGAUGAUUCAGGUGCUCCUUCAGAGCACCGUCUAGAAGCUGAGGAAGAUUCAGAUGCCUUGUCGGAACAACAACCACUUCCUGCAGUUUCUGAUGAUUCAGAUGCAGUUUCGGAACGGGAACUAGAUGAAGCGAAAGAAUCCGAUGAUAGCGAAAAAGAUGGUGAUGAUAUGUUGAAGAGCUCUUCAGAAACGGAUGAAAUAGAGAAAGAGAAACAAGGGCUUAGAGAUAUUGCUUUAUCAGAAAGCGGCAGUGACAAAGGAAGUGACAAAGAACGGAAGGAAUUAACAGAGGAUGACAUAGUUGGACCGCGUCUGUACCCUGAUCCAGAAACAGGUGUUGCAGAUACUGAACGUCUUGAACCGACAAUCGUUGAAGUUAACACUGCAAGAAUAUGUCCAAAAUUUACUGAUGAAGGACUUUAUUUUGUGAAAUUCCCAAACUUUUUGAGUAUUGAACCGCGUCCAUUCGAUCAAGAUCAUUAUGAAGAUGAAUUUGAUGAGGACGAUCUGUUGGAUGAAGAAGGACGUGCUAGACUGAAGUUGCGGGUGGAAAAUACAAUUCGUUGGCGUUAUGUGUUAGAUGAUGCUGGUAAUAUACAGAAACAAGGGAAUUCAAAGGUUGUUCGCUGGUCGGAUGGAACGAUGUCCCUCUAUCUUGGCGGAGAAAUUUUCGAUAUAACUGUACAACCGAUGCAACUUGAUAAUCAUUUGUUCUUACGACAAGGCGCGGGUUUACAAGGACACGCUGUUUUCAAGGAAAAAUUAAUAUUUCGGCCGCAUUCAACUGAUUCUAUCACACAUCGGAAGGUUACCUUGUCAAUGGCAGAUCGAUCUAACAAGUCGCAAAAAGUGAAAGUUUUGACUGCAGUUGGUUCGAAUCCAGAAUCGAAAAAGGCGGAAAUAGUUCGAAAAGAAGAAGAGCGUAUGCGUGCUCAAAGCCGUCGUGAAGCACAACAAAGGCGUAGUCGUAUGCGUCCAUCCCUAGGUCGAUCUGGGUUGACUGCCAACUUUUUGGAGGACAGAGACGAAGAUUCUGACGAAGAGUCAAUAUCUGCGAUCAAGAAUCGCUACAAACAUGGUCUGGAUGAUAGGCCAUUGAUCGGCCAUUCAGAUUCUGAGGAUUCAGAUUCCAAGCGAUUGCAUGAUGCUAAAAAAGAUAGCGAAGACAGUGACAGUGACAAGGAAAGGAGAAAACAGAAAAAGAGAAAAGUGAUUAUCGAGGAUGAUGAUGAAGAGAAUUAGGAUUUAUCAUUUCUUUGCAUAUGUAAAUGUUGUUAUGCUUCACUUUUAUCUCCUAAUGUGACUUUCUUAAUUCUUUGUUGGUGUUUUUCUAAUGCAGUAUGACUGAUUUGCAUAUGAAUUAUCAAUGUGAAAAAUUUUUUUUCAAAGGAGGUAAAGACCGAAGGCUUUCUUGAAUUCAUACAAGACGAAUUGACAGUGCAGAUAUAGCACUUAGCUUAAUGAAGAACGUUUUGCCCAUUAACCAUUGUACAUUGAUUUUGUCAGUGAUUUAUUAAAAAU